UCCCGUUAAACUUUCCCAGCUGGACACGCGCAGAGCAGUGAAGGCUAUGGUGGGUGAGGACGCUCGUGGACUUUCAGAGAGCUUUCUAUCAGCCCGUGCCUGACCUGUGGUGCUGUAUCUUGGUAUGCAAACAUGUCUGUGAACGAGGUGCACAUGCUUCGGCCCUUCAAGCUCAUCGCGCUGCUGUGCGUCUUCCUCGCGCUUUGUUUGGAUGUAGUGGCUCUGCUUAGUCCUGCCUGGGUCACCGCCGAGCAUUUCUCCCUGUCUCUGUGGGAGUCAUGCUCCCAGUCCGAGGCACGAAACCCUGGAGAGGAGGAGGCUGUGUGGAGCUGCUUCUCCACCCUCACAUCUGACUGGCAGAUUGCCACCUUGGUGCUGCUGGUGGCCGGAGCUGUGGCGACGCUGGUGGCCUUUUUGGUGGCCCUGAUUUCUCUCUGCAGGGGGACUCAUAGACAGCAUUACCGCACCGUGGCUGUGCUCCUCUUCACUGCAGUGGUUCUGCAGGCCUGCGCUCUGGUCCUCUACCCAAUCAAGUUCAUCGACGGGACUGUCCUUCAGACAUAUCACGAGUUCAACUGGGGCUACGGGCUAGGCUGGGGAGCCACCAUCUUCAUGCUGGGCGCAGGGAUCCUCUUCUGCCUGCGGACUGACAUAUAUGAAGAUGCAAUGUACUGAGCCUUUAAACCCCCAUCACGGAAAACACACACCUACAUGAUCACACACUGACAAAUCCCCUUACAGGAGGUGUGCUACUUUUCUUCUCCCUGCACACAGCUGACGUGUAUGUGAGGACAGAUCCUCUCUCUAUCUAUCUCUCUCUCUCUUGCUGUCUUUCUCUCUGUUAUUUUUAGUCAGGUUGUGAAGGUCUAAUUUAGGCCAGGGCCCCCAGCACCCCUCCUCCCGUGCAACCAGUGGGUCCCUCAGCCCUGCCGGUAUCAGGGGUGAGGUGUCAAAAGCUAAAGCACACAGAGCUUUCUGGACCGGCACAGCCACAGAUGCUGGACGUUUCCACUGCAUGUGUUGAUGUGGGUCUCUUUUGUUAGAGAUACAGGACAUGAAUGUGCAGUGACUGAACAUUUAAAGGGAUUGAACGUUCUCCACAUUUCCUUUUUCUUUUUAUUAUUUCUGUAUCAUUUUACAAAGAAAAGCUUGUUGUAUAUGUAUUUAUAGCAUCUUUUUUUCACUUUUUAAAUAUUUAAAAAGCUGAACUUUUCUCUGUGUGUUCUAAGUGAAACAUAUCUAGUAAUGCUAAGCCUUUUGGUAGCAGAAGUGUCAAUUUCUCAGCUUCUAUAUACGCUAGAGCUAUGAAGUGUUUAUAGCUUGGUAUAAAACUCAUGCAAGUUUCUCUAGAAGGAAAAAUGUAAAUGUGUACAAAGUAUUUCUACGUGAGGGAAAAUACAAAAUAAAUAACUGUAGUUUUGGGAGUAUAAGGAGUGUUAAUUACUUUGUUUUGAAGUUUUCUAGGGUUAGCUGAUAAGCGCGAGUAGCAAAGACGUUUCAACACGGCUUUCAAAUCCUUUUUAACUCAAAAAGCCAUGGCAGAGAUCGCAGGUGUUUUGGUUUAAAUAGCGACACUGUUAACUGCCAACUUUCAGCCGGAUGCAUCCCUCAUAAACGUCUUUAGACGAUCAUUAAAUACUGUUCUGAUGAGGA